CCAAUCCUGUCAGAACUCAGCAUCCCGGCUCAUCUAAGCAGAUCCUGGAAGUGAUUCUGCAGUUCAGGAUUUUGUUAAAGCUAAAUUGAAAAUUUUGUUCAUUUUUUUUCCUUUUGUAUUUUUUUUUCUGCACAAAGGAGGAGGAUUUUUCACUUACACAUGCAGAGGCCAGUUUUUUAAAACCAGCUAAGGCGGCAUCAGCUGUGCAGGAUUUAAAGCCUAUAGCUCAGCUGAAGAAGAAGGGGUAGGGGAGGGAAGAUAAAAGGAGUGAAGCUGAGAGAAGACAGCAUCAUUUUAUUUUGUUAUGUGGUAGAAACUGUCUAUGGGAAAAGAUAGUGUAGAAUUGUUUAUCUUGAACAGUUGGUUCUUAAACCAUAAGAUAUUUUUCCUUGUGUGUGUUCUUUUUUAACCUCCUGCACCCCUUGAGAGCUUUGUUCCAGAGCUUUGGAUUUGGGGGGUUUGGGCGAGGAGGUUUUAUUUUUGUCGGGGGUGUGUGUGUGUGUGUGUGUGUGUGUGUGUUUGUGUGUGUGUUGUGGUCCCAGCUGAGUCAUCAUGUCUGCUUUGACGCCUCCAACUGAUAUGCCAACCCCCACCACUGACAAGAUCACACAGGCUGCCAUGGAGACCAUCUACCUUUGCAAAUUCCGAGUGUCUAUGGAUGGAGAAUGGCUCUGCCUUCGAGAGCUGGAUGACAUCUCACUUACGCCUGACCCAGAGCCUACCCAUGAAGAUCCGAAUUAUCUCAUGGCUAAUGAACGCAUGAACCUGAUGAACAUGGCCAAGCUGAGUAUUAAGGGUUUGAUUGAAUCAGCUCUGAACCUAGGGAGAACACUGGACUCUGACUACGCACCUCUCCAGCAGUUCUUCGUGGUGAUGGAGCACUGCCUGAAACACGGCUUAAAAGCUAAGAAAACUUUUCUUGGACAAAAUAAAUCCUUCUGGGGGCCUCUAGAACUGGUAGAAAAGCUUGUUCCGGAAGCUGCAGAGAUAACAGCAAGUGUUAAAGAUCUUCCUGGACUUAAGACACCAGUAGGCAGAGGAAGAGCCUGGCUUCGAUUGGCAUUAAUGCAAAAGAAACUUUCAGAAUAUAUGAAAGCUUUGAUCAAUAAAAAGGAACUUCUCAGCGAAUUCUAUGAACCAAAUGCGCUCAUGAUGGAAGAAGAAGGAGCCAUAAUUGCUGGUCUUUUGGUGGGUCUGAAUGUCAUUGAUGCCAAUUUCUGUAUGAAAGGAGAAGAUUUGGACUCUCAGGUUGGAGUUAUAGACUUUUCAAUGUACCUCAAGGAUGGGAACAGCAGUAAAGGUAGUGAAGGAGAUGGCCAGAUUACUGCAAUUCUGGAUCAGAAAAACUAUGUAGAAGAACUCAACAGACAUCUGAAUGCUACUGUAAACAACCUUCAGGCAAAAGUGGAUGCACUAGAAAAAUCGAACACUAAACUGACAGAGGAACUUGCAGUUGCAAACAAUAGGAUUAUUACCUUGCAAGAAGAAAUGGAGCGAGUUAAAGAGGAAAGCUCCUACAUACUGGAAUCCAAUCGGAAGGCUCCUAAGCAAGACAGAACUUCAGAAGGGCAAGCACUAAGUGAAGCAAGAAAGCAUUUAAAGGAGGAGACACAAUUACGACUGGAUGUUGAGAAAGAACUGGAGAUCCAGAUCAGCAUGAGGCAGGAGAUGGAGCUGGCCAUGAAGAUGCUGGAGAAGGACGUCUGCGAGAAGCAGGAUGCCCUGGUGUGUCUGCGGCAGCAGCUGGAUGACCUCAGGGCUCUCAAACACGAACUUGCCUUUAAGCUGCAGAGUUCAGACUUAGGAGUAAAACAGAAAAGUGAACUAAACAGUCGCUUGGAAGAGAAGACCAAUCAGAUGGCUGCUACCAUUAAACAACUUGAACAAAGAUUGCGCCAGGCCGAGCGAGGCCGCCAGUCUGCUGAACUGGACAACCGGCUCUUCAAGCAGGACUUCGGAGACAAGAUCAACAGCCUGCAGCUGGAAGUGGAGGAGCUCACAAGGCAGCGGAACCAGCUUGAGUUAGAACUAAAACAGGAAAGAGAAAGAAGGUUAAAGAACAGCAGGAGCAUCCCAGGAAAGAGUUCCCAGAAGCCAGAACCCAAAAUGGAUGGGAAGCACAAAAUUCAAGAGGAAAAUGUUAAACUAAAACAACCCCUGGAAGAAAGCCACAGGCUGCAGUCUCCCCCAGUGGAUGAACAGGAUCAGCCGCUGCUCUCUGAAGAGCCACAGGUGUGUCAGCUAUGCCAGGAAGGAGGCAGCCUAACAAAGAAUGUAUGUGAGAACUGCAGAGGAACCUUCUGUGAUGCCUGUUCAACAAACGAACUGCCUCUUCCUUCAAGUAUUAAGCCUGAGCGAGUGUGCAAUCCCUGUCACGAGCAGCUGAUGAAACAGUACUCCACCAGCCCAGCAUAAGGCUGGAGGCCAAGACCUGGACCCACAUGCCUCUACCUUGUUAGACAUCAGGAUUCCCUAGAGGCCAGGCCUGAGAAUCAUCUUGAGUUGAUAGAAAUGGUUUAAAUAAACCAGAUCCAGGAAGAAAAGACAGUGGUUGGGGCGCUGGAACUUUUGCUCGUUUUCCCUAAUGACUGUAUAAAUAAAAGUUACUCAGUUGAACUUCUCUUCUAAACAACCCCACUUUGAAGGGUUUAUUUUACGGCAUGUCUUUGAAAGAGCUAUUCAUUUUAGUAAAUAGUGAUAACACUGGUAGAUAUAGUAGGAGAGGGUCCUUAGCGGAUAAGAAUAUAAAGAAAAAUGAUCAUCUUCCUCUAUUACAUUUGCAGGUUUGAGGAGGUAAGAUAAAUGUUAUGUAGGAUCAAAAUGACAGAUGUUACAUAUUUUCCCAGGUGCUGCUAAACAUGAACAUUAUUUCCUCUUCAACCCCACUACCUACCUCUUUAAAGUAUCUCUAUCAAACUGUGAACACAAGCUCAGGGAAAAGAAAUUAAAGAGUAAUAUAAAUUCUGAAUGUACUUAAAGCAAUAUUAUAUUAUAGUUUCAGGACCAGAAUUUUCUGGUCCUGGCCUGUAGGUAUGUUCAUUAUCAGAACAAGGUGGAGGAACAGUUGCUGUUUUUCCACGUAAUGACUUCAGAAGUAAAUUCCUGCCCUGUUCAGUCUCCAACUACAAACAAGCCAGCUACCUUCCCCAGUCUCCCCUCUCCAAGUCAUAAAGCAAAUUGUUAGUUUUUAAGAUGGGGUUUAACUUUUGCAAAUAGGAAAUAUUGAAAGCAAAAUUAAGUCAGGUGUUAAGUAAAACAAUUACAUCCAUGGCAGAGAAUAAUGAGCUCAAAAUAUUCUUUCUUGACUAAGGGAUCCUUUAUUCUGAGCCAAGAAUGAGAACUGGUAGACAGGUUUCUUGGAAAGUAUGAUACUCAAACAUCUUUCAGUAACAAGCUUUGAGGGGGGAGGGGAGUGCGUUUAGCAAGGGAAGGAAAGAAAUGGUAUAUGCUAUAUUCAUUACGUUACAUGUGCCUAGAUUGUAACUGGGUUAGAAUUCUCAGUGGAAACAUCCUGGAACCGUUGUAUUUGAUAAAUUCUGUCUCCUAAAAAGGGUUACUCUUGGGAAAGAAUUGUUAUUUCAGAAGUCUGGUGUGUUAUUUGAAGCUGAAUUUUAAGAGUACUAAGGAAAAAUAAAAUCUAAUAAAUCUA